AUGCAUUUGAAGUCAGCGAUGCGGCUUUCCUUUGCCGCUUUGGUCUCGUUGAUCGCAUCAAAUGUGGCAGCUCAGAGCAACUAUUCUGACGCCAACCUUGUGCCGCGCUCGCUCCUGUCGACUUUAGACGACCGUCCCGCCGGGUGUCCUCCUUGUUUCAACUGCCAGCUAGACGCUUUUCAAUGCGCGCAGUUUGCACAGUGCAACAAAUAUAAUGGGAAAUGUACAUGUCCGCCUGGGUUCGGGGGUGAUGAUUGCUCAGAACCUGUGUGUGGCUCCCUGGCCGACGGUGGCAACAGAGCACCCCGAAAUGGCGAUACUUGCUCUUGCGGUGAAGGCUGGGAGGGAAUCAACUGCAAUGUCUGCAAGACAGAUAAUGCAUGCAAUGCGAUGAUGCCGGAAGGUGAAGGGGGCGUUUGUUAUAAGCAGGGAAUUACAGUCAAGCAGAACUUCCAGAUGUGCGACGUGACAAACAAGAUGAUCUUGAAACAGCUCGAUGGCCGGAAGCCCCAAGUGACUUUCUCGUGCGAUGCGGAUGACAGUUCCUGUAACUUUCAGUUCUGGGUAGACCAGAAGGAAUCGUUUUACUGUGGCUUGGAUACAUGCGAAUGGAGCUUGGAAACCGACUACGAGCGCAACACGACCAGCUAUAAGUGCCAGAAUAUUCAGUGCAAAUGCAUUCCUGGAAGGAUGCUGUGUGGUGAAGCUGGCUCUAUCGAUAUCGGAGCUUUCCUCGACCAGGCCAUCAAGGGCCCGGCCCAGUUUUCGUCCUUGUCGACUCUGGGCGGCAGCCCCGACGAUGGCAGCAAAUUUAAAGAGCCCGCAAUGGAUGAUUUGAUCAAGAGUAUUUUCGGUGAUGAGAGUAUUACGCUCGCUUGUGAUUCGGGAGAGUGCCUGUACAAGACUGACGUGCCGGGAUAUGUGCGCCCAGUCAAGAAGAUCAACACUCCACUUAUUGCGGGUGUGAUUGCGGGCUGUGCGCUUUUCAUUGUUGCUGUCAUACUCUCUGUGUGGUACUUGUCCCGUAGAUCAUACCGGGGUCGCAUCCAAUUGCCUCUGUCUGAUGAUUCGGAUGACGAAAAUGCCAGACUCUUGGCGGAGCACAAGCCGGCUGCUUUGUAUUGGGAUAAUGUUUCAUACUAUCUGAAUGGAAAGGAGAUCCUUUCUGGGAUUCAAGGCGCGGCACCACAUGGUCAGAUUACAGCUAUCAUGGGAGCAUCGGGUGCAGGGAAGACCUCCUUCCUCGAUAUCCUGGCUCGGAAGAACAAGCGGGGUGCGAUCCGUGGUGAAUUCUAUGUCAACGGAGAGAAGAUCAGUGACUACGAUUUCAAGAACAUGAUCGGCUUCGUCGAUCAAGAAGACACCAUGCUCCCGACUUUGACUGUUCAUGAGACCAUCCUCACAAGCGCCUUGCUGAGAUUGCCCCGGGACAUGAGCCGAGGUGCUAAGGAGCAGAGGGUGAUUGAAGUCGAGAAACAGCUUGGAAUCUAUCACAUUAGGGAUCAGCUGAUCGGAUCUGAGGAAGGUAAAGGUCGUGGUAUUUCCGGUGGAGAAAAGCGCCGAGUUGGAAUUGCUUGCGAGCUUGUCACCAGCCCGAGCGUUCUUUUCCUGGAUGAACCUACCAGCGGAUUGGAUGCAUACAAUGCUUUUAACGUGGUCGAAUGUCUGGUCACACUAGCCAAGACCUACAACCGUACAGUUAUCUUCACCAUCCAUCAGCCGCGUUCAAACAUUGUUGCUCUAUUCGAUCGACUUGUUCUCUUAGCCCAUGGGAGGACAGUGUACUCUGGUCCGUUCUCGACAUGCCAGCAAUACUUUGACAAUGCAGGAUACUCUUGCCCUCCUGGAUUUAACAUUGCUGAUUACCUCGUGGAUCUCACCAUGCAUGCCAGCGCUGUCCGAUCAUACAGUGACGAUAUAGGAUCGCCCCUGUUGGAGGUACCGGCAGAUACGUCCAAGACCGCCUCAAGCAGCCUACGUGCAGUGAAGUCGGUUGCCAGCGUGUCGAAUGCGAGCAUUGAAGACAACUCUAGACCCAAAAGCAAACGACAAGCAUCGGUCAAGCAACGACAGGACAGACAGCUUUACUCUCGUAAGAAGGACCGCGACGCACCACCCACUCCUAAGACGGAUGAUGAGGAUGCACACCCAACGGAGAGCUCUCAACAGUGGCUCCGACUUUCUCGUCAACCCGGCAAUGUUCCACCCCAGAUUCUCGAUGACCCCGACCAGCUACCUCCAAUUGCACCCGGCCAAACCGAUCUUGACAUCCUAGUCGCCAACUAUUCCAGUUCUGAUGUCGCUCGCUCCGUGCAUGAUGAGAUUGUGGCAGCUGUUCAGAGUGCCAGAGCGGCGAAUGGCUCGGCCAAUUCGGAUGCAUUGUCGGGCCCCGUUACCGGUUCCCAUAAGAGCUAUGCACGGGUUGGUCUGGCUCGGCAAUUUAUCAUUCUCUCGCAGCGAACCUGGCGUAACCUGUAUCGGAACCCAAUGCUCAUGCUUACGCAUUAUGCUAUCUCAAUUCUCCUCGCCGUGCUUUGUGGAUAUCUGUUCUAUGGCCUGACCGAUGACAUUAAGGGUUUCCAGAACCGGCUCGGACUCUUUUUCUUCAUCCUGGCCCUGUUUGGUUUCAGCACGCUUACCAGUCUGACGGUGUUCUCGUCAGAGCGACUCUUGUUUGUCCGCGAGCGAGCCAAUGGCUAUUAUCACCCGAUUACCUACUUCGCAGCUAAGGUGGUGUUUGAUAUCGUUCCUUUGAGAUUGAUUCCUCCUAUCAUAAUGGGUAUGAUCGUGUAUCCUAUGACAGGUUUGAUCCCGGCGUGGCCCGAGUUCCUCCGGUUCAUCUUGGUUUUGGUCCUCUUCAACCUGGCUGCGGCAAACAUCUGCUUGUUCAUUGGGAUCGUGUUCCGGGACGGUGGAGUUGCCAACUUGAUUGGAAGUCUUGUGAUGCUGUUCAGCUUGUUGUUCGCGGGUCUUCUGCUUAACCACGACGCGAUUCCGAAAUCCGCCAUGUGGUUGCAAAUGCUAUCCAUUUUCCACUAUGGAUUUGAGGCGCUCAUUGUCAACGAAGUGACUUUCCUCAGAUUGAUUGACCACAAAUAUGGCCUCGAUAUUGAAGUACCAGGAGCUUCUAUCCUUAGUGCCUUUGGCUUUGACACUUUGGCGUUGUGGAAGGAUGUGAUCGGACUUGCCGUGAUUUCGGGAGCGUUCAUCAUAAUUGCUUAUGGAGCUAUGCAUAUCCUGCUUGUAGAGAAGCGGUGA